AUGACUGUUUAUAAUUUAUUAUUUUCUUUCUUUUUCUCAUUCUUACUUUCUGCAUUAUCACAGUUUCAUCUUUUUUUUGGUCCUCCAUUUGUCAGUUUUUCUUUCUUUCUUUCUCUAUGCAUUAUCACAAUAUUUUUUCUUUCUUUCUUUCUUUUUUCUCUAUGCAUUAUCACAGUUUUUCUUUUUUUUCUUUCUCUAUGCAUUAUCAUAAUUUUUCUUUUUCCUUCUUUAUGUGUGUUAUUAAUUCAUACUUUUUCUUUUUUCUCUCUGCACUAUCAUAAUUUUUCUUUUUCAAUGCAGUAUCACAAUUUUUCUUUUUUGUUUCUUUUUCAAUGCAGUAUCACAAUUUUUCUUUUUUGUUUCUUUUUCAAUGCAGUAUCACAAUUUUUCUUUUUUGUUUCUUUUUCAAUGCAGUAUCACAAUUUUUCUUUUUUGUUUAUUUUUCAAUGCUUUUCACAAUUUUUAUUUUUGCUGCUCUUUCAAUGCAAUACCCCCUUUUUUAUUUUUCCUUUUUUUUUUUUUUUCACUGUAUUAUUAGCAAUUUCAUUUUCUUUUUUCCUUCUUUCUUUCUCUCUUCAUUAUCAUUUCUUUUUGUUAUCCUUACAUUUUCUUUCCUUUUUCUCCUUUUCCUCUUUUGUUUUCUUUUUAUUCCUCCUUUUUUUUCAAGAAGUUUCUUUUAGUUCUUUUCCAAUUUCUUUUCUUGCUUAUUUCUGUAUACCUCUUUGCUUUUUCUUCAUUUACUUUCUUCAAAAUCUUUCAAUUUUCAUCUUUUCUUUUUAUUUACUUUGUCUUCUAUUAUUUCUUACUUUUUUCACUUUUUUUUCUUUCUUGUUUCUUUUUUCUUUCUCUUUCUUCCUUUGUUUCUUUCAUUUUAUUUUUCUUUGUUCCUUUCUUUUUUCUUUUUUCUAUAUUGUUUUUCUUUAUUUUUUCUUGCUUUAUAUUUUGUGUUUUUUCUUUCUUUCUUUUUUUUUUAGAAAGAGCUUUUUUGCUUCUGUUUUUCUUUCUGUAUUUCUUUCUUUUUUAACAUCUGCUUCAUUCUUUUUUUUUUAUCUUUUCAUUCAGUUUUCCCUGUCUUUCCAAUCUUUUUGGCUUUCUCUUUAUUUUUCAUCUUCCUUUUUUCUCUUUUUCCACCUAUUCUUUACAAUCUUUCUCUCUCUCUUUCUCUCUCUCUCUCUAGUUAGUUAA